AUGAUUUUAGGAUAGAAGUUCAUAGAGUAGCUAUUAUAGGAUCACAAUAAAAAUAGGAAUACAACUUAAAAGUAUUUAAAUGAUGGCGAUUCCUCAGAUUUUAAAUUCAAAAAGGGCAUAGUUUAACUGAAGAAAAUGUAAGCCAUAAUAAUCACUUUAGGCUCAAAGAUUAAAGAAUGGAUAUCAAUAAGAGAAACAUUUAUCUUAUUAUGUUUUUUUUUGUUAUUAUAUAGAACAAUGAAGUUAUUUAAACCUUGGAUUUUUUUAAUUUUGAAAAAUAGAAAGUAGAAUAUCAGCUUAGCCUUCAUUCCUUAGCAACCUUUCAACCGAGUUUAACCAUAAUUGGAUUUAAAAAAGAAAAGAGAUACAUACUUACUUAGUGGUCUUGGUCAAAACCAAACUAAUCAUUUUAAGUAAAUUUCGUUUAUUUAGAAAUAUAAGAAUGA